GAAUUCGCCGCAGUGGCUUCUGAUAUUUUGAGGCGAUCGCCACCCGAGUUUGCCUCAGUCAGUCGUCGACUCUCUGCACGUGCGUUUGGAUAGCUAAAGCCAUAGCUCCUCAUCGGAAUCGCAAUCGGAAGAGGAAUCGGUGGUCGGAUCAGCUGCCACGUUUUGAACUCGAAGACGGAACAGGCAACGAUCGUUUAUUUUCGGUGCUGGAUGUUUAUUUUCGAAAACGGGCCCCUUUUAGAGGCAAGUGUUGAAGUGUUCAAGUAUCUAAAAGGUACCACAACUAUCUAAGAGAUAAAAACGUGUAAAAGUAUAUGCAAGAUACAAUAGAAUCCGAACGAUUGAGCAUCUGCCAGGCUGUAACAUAUUUAACUAUUCGGCAGAUACUAAAGUUUUCAAGUAUCUGUCAGAUACAAAGCACAGUUUAUGCUUAAUGCUCGCUGUAUCUGCAACCCCACGCGGUGAACCCAUCCUAGGCUGCUGCUCAUCCUACUGGAACACAAUUAAUUCGCUCGAAGAAGCGUUUUGCAGUGCAAGAAAGCGAAACAUUGUCUAAAAUGCAUAUUGUGUAUGAAAUAAGUCUUCUCCCAUCUCAAGUGUGUGCGUGAAAGCCAAUGAAGUGCCCUUCUGAACAAACCAAUUUGUUGUUUCGGUGCAAAAGUGUUUUUGGGGAACUUUCUGUGGGUGGUUUGUGGUGCCCCUUUGGAUAUCAGCCGAGUCUCAAGUACUCCCCAGUUCAUGCUCAUGGCUUCUAAGCCCAAGCUACGCUGAUAACAAAAUAAUUGUUUUUCAUGCACAUAUGUAAGUGAGCUUUGUUUUCGCUAUUCCACAUUUCCACGUUGCCGAAUCUCACUGGCGCGGGCAAAUAUUUACCAAAGUGAACUAGUGCGUGUUGCAGUGAGAAGUGCAUUAAUUACUGCAAAUUCGGAGUUCGUAGAAAAAGCGUAUCAAUUACCAAUCAAUUAUCUGCCAGUUGGAUAUUCAUUUUGUGCGUUUCGACAGCUUUAAGCGCUGCCACUGCGAGUGCCACUUUAAUCGUCAGCAGCGGAUGUCCUGAUUUCUCGACGAAGGGAUACCCGUACCCAUACCCUUACACAUACCCAUACACAUACACUAUUGGCCACAGUGGAUGGGUCUGAGAGUUGCGACCCGCACACGGAAACCGCAUAAGCACUCGGCGAAAUCUUCCUGGGGCGAGGACCCCAAAUAGCACCGGGCAAGCAAACAGAAACAAAAACACACGCCUCAAUGUCAGACACAAUCUCCUUUGAGUUGGGCUCAGCCGCCGACCGGCCUCCCAACAGGUUUCAAGUGAACCCGGUCAACGGCAAUAGUCGCAAGUCGCUGGGAGCGGAUGGCCCAGGAUCCGGAUCAGGAGCUGGAGCUGGAGCGGGAGCGGGAGGAGGAGCAGGAGCAGGAGCUGGGGAGGAUGGGCCGCACGAGGUCUACCGCCGACUCACAAACGCCGAGGGCGACCUGCUCGAGGACGACACAUUCGAUGCGACACAAAUGCUCAACCAACGCCAGCCCAGGCAGCAGAGGCAAUCAAUCAAAAGCAGCUUCCGCGACAAGGAUAAACCGUCCAGGUUCAAGGAUCUGCAGACGACGACCCGCUUCCAGGUGGACCCCCAAAAUGAGGACUCCGACGAGUCCAAUGACUCGCAGGAGGAGCGCGAGUUGCUGGACAACGAGUACGACACAAAAUAUGGUAAAAGUUUCCGGCACUUCACCAGAGAGGCGUUACCCCGCCUGGACAACUACCGCAACAUGAUGUCCAUCCAGGCGGCCUACCGUCCAACGCUCGACGAGCUGCACAACGCCACGCUGGUGGGCAAGAACACGCACAGCUUGACACGUAAUCAGGACCCGGAGUCGGGCAUCCUGAAUGGGGUCCUGAAAUUCGGAUGGAUCAAAGGUGUGCUCGUCCGCUGCCUGCUGAACAUCUGGGGCGUGAUGCUGUUCCUCCGGCUCAGCUGGGUGGUGGGCCAGGCGGGCGUCAUAGAGGGAUUCGUAUUAAUUCUGACAACGACUGCUGUCACGACCAUCACGGCCUUGUCGAUGUCGGCGAUAAGCACUAAUGGUGUCAUCAAAGGAGGUGGCACAUAUUAUAUGAUAUCCCGGUCUCUGGGGCCGGAGUUCGGCGGAUCCAUCGGUCUGAUUUUCUCCCUGGCGAACGCAGUGGCGUGUGCCAUGUAUGUGGUCGGCUUCUGCGAGUCCAUGCUGGCCAUGAUGACGACCUUUGGUUGGGAAAUCGUAGAUGGUGGCGUUCAGGACGUGCGCAUCAUUGGAUGCAUUACCAUCCUGCUGCUCCUGAUCAUUGUGGUCGUCGGCAUGGAGUGGGAGGCCAAGGCGCAAAUCGGACUGCUGGUCAUCCUGCUGGUUGCCAUUGGGGACUUUGUUAUUGGCAGCUUUAUUGGACCGAAGAGUGAUGCGGAACUGGCCAUGGGAUUUUUGGGUUAUAAUGCUACUUUGUUUAAGAAUAACCUUUUUGCGGACUAUCGACCGGAAAAAGGAGGCAUUCAACACGAUUUUUUCUCAGUGUUUGCCAUUUUCUUCCCUGCCGCCACGGGCAUUUUAGCUGGAGCCAAUAUCUCGGGGGACCUGAAGGAUCCCCAAAAAUCCAUUCCGAAAGGCACGAUUCUAGCCAUUGUCAUCACCACCGGCACCUACCUGAUUAUGGUCCUCCAGUGUGGUGCCACAGUGGCUCGUGAUGCCACUGGAAACCUUACGGAUGCGGUCAACGGCUCCUUUGCAUUCCUCGACUGCCAGCCUGGUGAAUGCAAUUACGGCCUGCAAAACUCAUUUCAAGUAAUUGAGUUGGUCUCCGGCUUUGGCCCACUCAUUUACGCCGGUUGCUAUGCUGCCACCUUAUCCUCGGCAUUGGCCAGUUUGGUUUCUGCUCCCAAGGUUUUCCAGGCCCUGUGCAAGGAUGAGCUGUAUCCGAAGAUUGUGUGGUUUGCCAAGGGGUAUGGCAAAAAUAAUGAGCCAGUUCGUGGCUAUGUAUUAACUUUCAUCAUUGCCUGCGCCUUCAUAUUGAUUGGCGAACUGAACCUGAUUGCCCCGCUCAUAUCGAACUUCUUCCUGGCCGCCUACAUGUUGAUCAACUUCAGUACCUUCCAUGCCAGUCUGGCCAAGCCAGUGGGCUGGCGACCGACCUUUAAGUAUUACAAUAUGUGGCUGAGCCUGUUGGGCGCCAUUCUCUGUGUGGCCGUCAUGUUCCUCAUCUCGUGGGCCACUGCACUCAUCACCUUUGCCGCCGUGCUGGCUCUGUACUUAAUUGUGGCCUACCGGAAACCGGAUGUCAACUGGGGCUCCACCACCCAGGCUCAGACGUACAAGAACGCCCUGAUGUCCGUGCAGCAGCUGAACAAUGUGGAGGAGCACGUGAAGAACUACCGGCCACAGAUACUGGUUCUUUCCGGUUUGCCCAACACUCGGCCGGUGCUCGUCGACUUGGCCUACAUGCUCACCAAGAACUUAUCCCUGCUCGUCUGUGGUCACGUUCUGAAAGGUUCCAGUUCCCAGAAGUACCGGACAUAUCUGCAGGAAAGGGCGGCCAAUUGGUUCCGGAAGCAUCGCGUUAAGGGCUUCUAUGCCUUGGUGGAUGGUGAGGACUUUGAGUCGGGCACCCGAGCCCUGAUGCAGGCUACUGGAAUUGGAAAACUUAAGCCGAACAUCAUCCUGAUGGGUUACAAGACUGACUGGCAGACGUGCGAUCACAAGGAGCUGGAUCAGUACUUCAAUGUGAUGCACAAGGCACUGGACAUGUACCUCUCCGUGGCCAUUUUGCGUGUUCCUCAGGGUCUGGACUGUUCGCAGCUGCUGGGCUCCCAGGAUGGUUGGAAGACCGUUUCGGAUGUGCCGAGAACCCUGCAGCCAAAUGAGAGUUCCGGGGAUCUGCAGGCGGUGGACAGUAGUGCCAGGAACGGUUUGAGUGGCAGCAUUGACUCCCUCAGCAGAAAUGUAUCGCAAGAAGACCGAAACCGAAACCAGUUGGUCCACAGCGAGCAGAACAGCCUGAAGAUAGUCAAAUCCUCCAGCACCAGUGACCUGUCCUUCAUUGCGGGCAAUCAAUCGAAGGAUGUUUCCGGCAUGCCGGAUCCACUGGACGCAAAGUCAGCCAAUCUUGUGAGCAAUUCGCUGCGUAAGUCCAAGCUGAAGCAUGAUGACCCGGCCUCCCUCUACAAGGGUCCUGGUGGCGCCGAGCUGCCCAAAGAGGUCCUGGCGGACCUCACCCAAUUCACCAGAAAACGCAGCCACGCCGUCAUCGAUGUCUGGUGGUUGUACGACGACGGAGGACUCACACUCCUGCUGCCCUACAUCAUCAGUACCCGGCGCACCUGGCAAUCCUGUAAAUUGAGAGUUUACGCUUUGGCAAACAAAAAUUCGGAGUUGGAGUUCGAGCAGCGCUCGAUGGCCAGUUUGCUAUCAAAGUUUCGGAUCGAUUACUCGGAUUUGACGCUGAUUCCGGAUAUAACGAAGAAGCCACAGGAGACAUCCACGCAGUUCUUCAACGAGCUGAUUAAGGACUUUGUGGUAACCGAAAAGGAUGGCGAGAAUGGCACCAGCAGCAGGGCAACUCUCAAUGAGGACGAUGCCCUCAUCACCGAUGACGACCUGCUGGCGGUGCAGGACAAGACGAAUCGCUACCUUCGCCUGCGGGAGUACCUGCGGGAGCAGUCGACCAAGUCGGACCUGGUGGUGAUGACCCUGCCGAUGCCCCGCAAGAACAUCGUGUCCGCACCACUCUACAUGGCCUGGCUGGAGAGCCUGAGCCGGGAUAUGCCGCCCUUCCUCUUUGUGCGCGGCAAUCAGACGAGUGUGCUGACCUUCUACUCGUAGAAGAGCGGCGACCUUUUGGAUCGAAUCGAAUCGGAUCGGAUCAGAUCGGAUCUAUUGUAUUCUACUUACACCUACCGACACCCAAACUCACCGUUAUCGUUAGGCGAACGAGUAUUUUAUCUCUUAGAAGUACCACCCAUGUACAUAAAUUUAGGGAAACCCCACAAAACGCACAGAGGCACUGGCAUCAGCAGAGGGAUCGCCAACUAUCCGAUCGUCCACCACAGAUGUGUCAUUUUAUUUGAUGGAAGGACUGCCCUUACCGGUCCAUCUCUGCGUCGUGAAUAUAAAUAUUGUCCUAGAAAUCGAGUUUAAAUCAUCUUUAAUGCAGUGCUAAUCAUUUUUAAA